AUGGUUAAGACAAAGAAGCUGCGUGCAGCAGGGUCGCACCGGUCAGCGGAUUCAAAAGGGUUACCGCCGGGCUGGAUUCGCGUGGAAUCACGUUCGAAGCCUGGCGCCUAUUUCUAUGCGCACCCAGCGACCAAGCGAACUCAAGCUGAACAUCCAGGUGAAAGGCAUAUCUCGUCAAAGAGACCUGAAGGGCCACGGCGCCGAAAAACUGAAGGUGAGGCUGAAGAGCCAGGUGUCAGCCCUCUGGAUGUGGAAGAUUUUGAGGACCCUGCUGAUAAGGCAGAGCGCUUGCGCCAAGAAGCAGAGGAGGCUGAGGCUGCGGAGGCUGCCCGUCAAGAGAUGGUGCGGCAGCAGCGCGCUGCAAAGCGAGCUUUGCUGAAGGAGGCAGACAAAGAGAAACAAGAGGAUGAAGGAGGCUCAGAGGAGGAGAAGGAACUGGUUUCAAAAGAAGAACUGGCAAAGUGGAAACAAGAUGAGGAGCGAAGAGAAAGGGAGGAGGCAGAAGCAGAGCGUCGAAGGAAGGAGGAAGAGGAACGGAGGAUCAAGGAGGAGGAAAAACGACGAAAGGAGGAAGAGAGGCGAAGAGAAGAGGAGGAACAAAGGAUAGAAGCAGAAAGGAUUGCACUGUGGAAAGCUCGAACUGAGAUGGCCCGGAAGGAGGCAGAGUUUGAAUGGGCCAUGUCACGCGAGAGGCAAAAGAAGGAGGAGUCUGACAAGAUACAGCUUGAGGCAGAACGGGUGCGACAAGCCUUGCUGGAGCGAAAGAAGCUCGAAUCCGAGGAGGAGAAGAAAAAAGCCGAAGCAGACCUCCGGAAGAAGGCGGAAGCUGAGCGCCUUCGACGGGAAGCUGCAGCUAAUAGCCAAAAGAACCAACGCAUUGAGGAGCCGUCCGACCAUAUUGAAGCUCCGUGCUUUGACGUUUUCAAAGGUGGUGAGAGAAUAGGAAGAUUCAUCUUGUCACCGACGCAAACCACUUGGACGAUCGGCAGAUGUCCUCCAAUAGAUAUUCGUGCUGGUCACGAGACGGUUUCCAGAAAGCAUGCCCAGGUGAACCGACAGGGCUGCUUCACUUUCCUGCAAGACUUGGGUUCAGCUCAUGGAACUCUUCUCAACGGACAGAAGUUGGUGAAGAACACGCUGGAGCGGCUUUGCUCUGGUGACAAUCUACGGUUUGGUGGCUCUUCGCGCAUCUAUGUGUACCGAGAACCAUCAACUGCCAUCCAAAUCAAUCGAGGCAUCAGACCUGUGCAAGUCACGAUUGAACAGGACAUACCUGAACCUGCCCUGGACUCCCCAAAGCAAGCACCAGCCCUUCCAGGCAAGCCCAUAGUGCCCAUAGUGCCCAUAGUGCAGCCUGAUGAGAGUCUGGCAACUCGUCCUCCUGCGGUCACAAAGCUGACCAUGGAGCAUUCUCCACCUGCCCAAGCAGAGUCACCAAGUCAAGUGAGAACCGGCGUCGUUACCGACAGGGCUCCAGCAUUUGAAUCUGAGAUGGCUGUGAGCGGUGCAGAAAUGCUGCAGCAAAGGCAAGUGCCACAGAUUGAAAGUGCGAAGACAGCCCUGAAGCCGGAAGCCGAAGUGAAGCCUGAAGUGCAGAAGCCUCAGAAAGAAGGCAGGAAAUCCAAAAAAUCUGCAUCUUCCUCUUCAUCGACCUCAUCUGGAAAGAAGAAGAAGAAGAGAAGGAAAUCUUCAAAGUCCAAAAGUCGGAGAAAGAAAUCUUCCUCUUCUUCCUCUUCCACAUCCUCUCGAGAUAAGAAGCGGAAAGAAAGCAGCAAAAAGAAGAGAAGAAAAUCUUCCUCAACUUCAGCAUCUACAGACAAAAAGAGGAAGAAAAGGAAGUCUCGAUCCAAGCGCAAAUCUUCAUCAUAGCACAGGUAAGGCUGCACUUUAUGUACAAGUUUGGAUGCUGACGGUAAUGUGGAAAAUCUGAAGCGCAGAUGGACGAUUCCAGUCUGAAACAGGAUUCAUUCUUUCUAGUUUUGUGUUUGUUUCACGACGUUCAGGUCUCGAGCACUGCGCUCCGCAUUUGGUGCCUGCUUUGCAAUCUUUGCAGCCCGCUCUAGGUGGGUCCCUGUAAAGGCGUAUUGCGGCCAAUGGCUAAUCAUGUAGUCAGGAGCGGCAGACAAAUGGACAGACUUCGCAAGAACAAAA